AUGGCCUUCAUAACCACCGUACUGUUCUGGAUAUGUGCGCUGUGUUUUCUAGAAAUCGAUGCGCAGACUUUGCCACGGGUUGCCCUCAAAAAGGGCAAAGAACCACGAAGACCACUGUCAUUCACUCAAACAAGAAACCCCAAUUGGGUUGCACGACAGAUUCCAGUAACGACAAUAUAUGCAGCACCAUUUUUAAAGCAUCAUCUCCGCAUGCCCGAACCACUCCAGGAGGCAGUAAAUGAGCUCACCACGUCGGACAUAUCAAACCGCUCAUCGCUCAUACAUGAGAGAGCCAACGGUGUAAAAACAACAGGGACAAAUGGGUUAUAUACGUUCCCUGUAGCGAUUGGAAAUCCUCCCCAAACAUUCAAUAUCAUGUUUGAUACCGGCUCUGGAGACUUCUGGGUAUGGUCAUGGCUCAUGCCACAGACUCUAACUGCAGGUCGGAACGUGUACAACGGAUCGAAAUCAACAGAAUCCGCUCGAUGGAACGGUCAGUCAUUCAAUGUCCAAUACUCCAGAGGUAGUGCCUAUGGAUUGGUAUGGCAAGAUACCGUCACAGUGAACGGGGAGUAUCCUAUUGCUGGGAAUCCGGUUGAAUGUGCGCAAAACCUGGGAGGAGAUAAUCUCGUUGCACUCACAGGUGUUGACGGUAUCAUGGGACUGAAUACUUGGAUAAAUGAUUCCGAGUAUCCAGCACCACAACAGACAUGGCUCAGCUAUAUCAUUGACCAAUAUUUACCAUUGCCUCUGUUCACAGUGGCCCUCGUUCGAGGGGGUGUUGGAACGAUGGACUUUGGCAAGAUUGACACCAAGAAAUACACGGGGAACAUCCUUUAUACGCCUGUAGUACCGCUUGCAGAUUGGCCCGGAUCUGGAUACUGGCUUGUAAAUUGGAGCGGGUACUCCAUUGGCCGAGGCUCUUUCAACAACUCCAUCUCGCAGGUAUUCGUAGACAGUGGAUGUAAUCUGGUGUUGCUACCACAAUCCAUGACCAACAAGUACUACGCGCAGGUGAAAGGCGCCUGGCAACAAUCCAACGGGUUUUGGAUGUUUCCUUGUUCGUCAACCAUGCCCACCUUUACAUUUGGAAUAGGAAAUUCCCGAUUGACGGUUGGGGCGAAGAACAUGGUGUUCUUGAACGUCGACGACGGAGUCAAUUGCCUGGGAGCGAUCCAACAAACGGAGGAGGAUUCCUACGUUUUGAUCGGAGCACCCUGGCUCGAGGGGUUGUUUGUAGUACACGAUUACGGGGCAAAGCGCAUAGGAUUCGCCGCCAGAACAUGA